UCUCUUUUUUAGUGUAUGAGAGUCACCAAACAACAAAAUGGCUCUCAACAAUUCUUUCAUAAGCUCCUUGCUUUUCUUGUCCUUAGUGGUUGUAGCAUUCGCCAAUGACACCUACACGCCAUCAUCAACAUAUACGAGUCCAUCUUAUUCUCCAUCUUCUGAAUACAAAUCACCAUAUUAUUCAUCACCUCCUGAAUACACUCCUUCUUCAGAAUACAAAUCACCAAACUACUCUCCAUCACCUGCGUACAAGUCUCCUACCUACUCGCCAUCUCUUGAGUAUAAAUCUCCAGAAUACUCUUCCCCUUCAAAAUACAGAUCACCAGACUAUUCUCCAUCGCCUGAAUACAAAUCUCCAACCUACUCGCCAUCUCCUAAGUAUAAGUCUCCAGAAUACUCUUCUCCUUCAGAAUACAAAUCACCAAACUAUUCUCCAUCACUUGAAUACAAAUCCCCAACCUAUUCGCCAUCUCCCAAGUAUAAUUCUCCAGAAUACUCUUCCCCUUCAGAAUACAAAUCACCAAACUAUUCUCCAUCACCUGAAUACAAAUCCCCAACCUUCUCGCCAUCUCCUGAUUAUAAAUCUCCAGAAUACUCUUCCCCUUCGGUUUACAAGACCCCAGACUACUCACCAUCUACAGUGUAUGUGUCCCCAUACUACUCUCCUUCUCCUGUAGAAAAAUCCCAAGAAUACUCAUCAUCCCCUGAAUACAAGUCACCAACAUACUCGCCAUCAUCAUAUUACAAGAAACCUGACUACUCUCCGUCUCCAGUGUAUAAGUCCCCAUAUUAUUCUCCUUAUCCAGUCUACAAAUCACCAGAAUACUCACCGUCUUCUGAAUACAAGUCACCAACAUACUCCCCAUCUUCAAAUUACAAGACUCCUUACUAUUCUCCAUCUCCUGUGUAUAAUUCCCCAUACUAUUCUCCAUCUCCAGUAUACAAAUCAACAGAAUACUCACCAUCUUCCGAUUAUAAGUCAUCGACAUACACUCCAUCAUAUGAUUACAAGACACCAAUCUACUCUCCAUCUCCAGCUAAAAAGACAGUUGUUUACUCUUCAUCUCCUGUAUACCAAACACCUGUUUACUAUCCAUCUCCUAUAUACAAGUCUUCCUACUAUUCCCCAUCUUCUGAAUACAAAUCACCAUAUUACUCUCCAUCGCCUAUUUCUAAAAUUCCAUACUACUCGCAAUCUCCAAUUUAUUCUCCAUCUUUGGUCUACAAGACUCCAUAUUACUCUCCAUCACCAAUAUAUAAAUCUCCUUACUACUCCCCAUCUACCGCAUAUCAAUCUCCGAUUUACAAGGCUCCUCAUAACUCACCAUCUCUAGUCUACAAGACCCCAUAUUACCCAACACCAAUGUACAGUAUGCCAAAUUACUCACCUUCUCCAGUCUACAACUCUCCAAUUUAUUCUCCAUUACCUGUCUACAAAACUCCAUAUUUAUAUGCUUCUCCCGCAUACACAACAGCAUAUUACUCUCCAUCUUCCGACUACAAAACACCAUCUUAUUCCCCAAUCAAAGUAAACAAAUCUCCAUACUACUCUCCAUCUCCUAUCUAUAGAACACCAUAUUACUCCCCAUCCCCAAUUUAUAAAUCUCCGUACUACUCUCCGUCUCCUGUUUAUGAAACUCCAUCUUGCCCACCAACUCCUGUCAAAGAGAUCCCUGAUUACGUAUAUGCUCCAUCAUCAAAUUACAAUUCCCUAUACAACACUCCAUCACCGGUUUACAAGUCACCUUACUAUUCUCCAUCACCUAUGUACAAGUCUCCUAAAUACUCACCAUCUCCUGCUCAUAUGUCUCCAUACUACUCCCCAUCCCCAAUUUAUAAAUCUCCAUACUACUCUUCGACCCCCACAUACAAUACUCCAUACUACUCUCCAUCACCAAUAUAUAAAAGUCCAUACUACUCUCCCUCUCAAAUUUACAAAUCUCCAUACUACUCACCAUCUCCUAUUUACAAGACUCCUUACUACUCUCCAUCUUCUGUGUACAACACUCCUUAUUACUCUCCAUCACCAGUUUACAAGUCACCUUACUACUCCCCAUCAACUAAUUACAUGUCUUCAUACUCAUCCCCUUCUUAUGAGUCUCCAUACUACUCUCCAUCACCUAUUUAUAAGAAACCAAUUUACACUCCAUCUCCAGCUUAUACUGCCACAAAAUCAUACUACCAAAGUCCUAUGUAUACUCCUUCACCAACAUAUUCACCAUCUCCAAUUUACAAGUCACCCUAUUACACCCCGUCCUCUUCAUAUGAUUCUCCUUAUUACUCCCCAUCACAUGUUUACAAGAAACCUGUAUACGCUCCAUCAUCAACAUAUACUCCUUCGACUAAUGAAGAAAAGAAUGUUUAUACUGAUUCCCCAACAUAUUCACCAUCCCCCAUUUAUAAGAAUACCUAUUAUUCGCCAUCUCCUUCUUAUAGGUCACCUUACUACUCCCCAUCACCUGUGUACAACAAACCUAAUUACACUCCAUCAUCAGUUUACUCUCCAUCUUACUACCAAAAGCCUGUGUACACCCCAUCAGCAACAUAUUUACCAUCCCCAAUUUACAAAUCUCCUUAUUACACCCCGUCCCCUUCUUAUGAGUCACCAUACUACUCCCCAUCACAUGUCUACAAGAAAACUGUAUACACACCUUCACCAUCUUACACGCCUUUUAACUAUGAAAAGCCUGUGUACACCCCAUCACCAGCAUAUUCACCAUCUCCUAUUUACGAGUCUCCAUAUUAUUCUCCAUACCCUUCUUCUAAAUCCUCAUACUAUUCUCCAUCAUCUAUCAACCAAAAACCAGUUUACACUCCAGCAUCAACAUACUCUCCUUCACCCACUUAUUAUGAAAAGUCAGUCUACACACCAUCCCCAACUUAUUCACCUUCUUCUGUUACCUAUUCUCCAGCUUACAGUCCAUCUACUGAGUACAAGCCUUCCGCUGAAGUUAAGGUUACAUCAGGCUACUAAUUAAGGACGAUAAUUAAUCAUUUGUUCUAAUUCAUAAUUUAUCUUUUUUUAUAUUUAUUGAAUGUAAACACAAGUGAAUCCAACAUAUUUAUAUUGGAUAUGUACUACUUUAAAAGAUAAUGAAUUAAUUGUUUU